CCGAGGCGGAGGAGGGCGGGACCGCUGAGCCCUCUCAGCAUCCGCCUGGUGACUGCGGAGCUCUGUUUUGGCGCUGUGGAGUCGCGUGGUCUCUCUCCUCCCCUCGAGUAAGAAUAAAAGAAUCUGGAAAAGUUGGAGAAGAUAAAGUACAUUCAGUACCCAAACAGGAGAUCGACAAAGAAAUGCACAAUUUUGAGGAUGAGUUAACGUGUCCCAUUUGUUACAGUAUUUUUGAAGAUCCUCGUGUACUACCAUGCUCUCAUACAUUUUGCAGAAAUUGUUUGGAAAACGUUCUUCAGGCAUCUGGUAACUUUUAUAUAUGGAGACCUUUACGAAUUCCACUCAAGUGCCCUAACUGCAGAAGUAUUAUUGAAAUUGCUCCAACUGGUAUUGAAUCUUUACCUGUUAAUUUUGCAUUAAGGGCUAUUAUUGAAAAGUACCAGCAAGAAGACCAUCCAGAUAUUGUCACCUGCCCUGAACAUUACAGGCAACCAUUAAAUGUUUAUUGCCUACUAGAUAAAAAAUUAGUUUGUGGUCAUUGCCUUACCAUCGGUCAACACCAUGGUCAUCCUAUAGAUGACCUUCAAAGUGCCUAUCUGAAAGAAAAGGACACUCCACAAAAACUGCUUGAACAGUUAACUGACACACAUUGGACAGAUCUUACUCGUCUUAUUGAAAAGCUGGAAGAACAAAAAUCUCAUUCUGAGAAAAUGGUCCAAGGUGAUCAAGAAGUUGUUCUCCAGUAUUUUAAGGAACUUAGUGAUACAUUAGAACAGAAAAAAAAAAUUUUCCUAACGGCUCUCUGUGAUGUUGGCAAUCUGAUUAAUCAAGAAUAUACUCCACAAAUUGAAAGAAUGAAAGAAAUGAGAGAGCAGCAGCUUGAACUAAUGACACUGACAACAUCUUUACAAGAAGAAUCUCCACUUAAAUUUCUUGAAAAAGUCGAUGAUGUCCGCCAGCGUGUGCAGAUCUUGAAACAAAGACCACUUCCUGAGGUCCAACCUGUUGAAAUUUAUCCUCGAGUAAGCAAAGUAUUAAAAGAAGAGUGGAACAGAACAGAAAUUGGACAAAUUAAGAAAGUGCUCAUUCCUGAAAUGAAAAUUUCUUCAAAAAGUAUGCCAUGUUCCUGGCCUGAUAAGGAUGAAAAAGAAGUUGAAUUUUUUAAAAUUUUAAACAUUUUUAUAGUUACACUGAUUUCAGUGAUACUGAUGUUAAUACUCUUUUUCAACCAACACAUAAUAACCUUUUUAAAUGAAAUCACCUCAAUAUGUUUUUCUGAAGUCUCUCUAUCUGUUUACCAAAGUUUAUCUAACAAUGUGCAUGAUCUAAAAAAUAUACUAUGUCACACUUUAUAUUUGUUGAAAGAAUUUAUGUGGAAAAUAGUUUCUCAUUGAGAACUUCUAUCUGAAUUAUUUAAAUGGACUUAUUCUGUAUAGCAGAGACUAACCAUCGCUAAAUGGACAAAUGGGGUAGUAAGGUUUAUUAGAGCUGCAACAAAUAUAUAGAAAUGUUAUACCUUUUAUGCUUCUGUAGGUUAGAAAUGAUGUCAAAAUUAGAAAUGAGGCAGCAUCUGAAAUAUUCAAAUCAUUAUUAGAAAACAAAAUCUGCUAAUUACUUGAUUUGAGUAUUAAUAUAUUAUCCCAUUUUUAUUGGCUUCAUGGAGGUUGACUUAAUGUUGCUGUGACAUUUAAACAUUCUUGUACCAAUAUUUUACCAUUAUUACACACUGCAGUAAGUUGGCUCUGUAGUUCUUUAUGUAGCUUUUAGGUUAAAAGAUGGCAAAAUGCUGAAAGUGCAGAUGCCUUUAUUUUGAUGUUGCUUGAAGCUUUUGAAUGGGUGAAAAAGGAUGGUAAGAGAGGUUUUAAAAUCAAGCAGCAGAGCCUAAACGUGAUAAGGCAUUAUUUAUUUAAAGAUCUUUUGAUCAAAUAUACCUGGGCCAUAUAGCUAAUGUGUUUUAGAUAGAUUUAAGAGCUCUAAAAUAUUUAUCAUCAACAUUCAUUCCAAGUAAAGUGAUUGCUUUUGGAUAACAUAAGUUAGGGAACAGUGGCAUUUUCUAAUACGUGUCAUAUUCUAUGAUUUAUGUAAAUUAAUUUUUAAGAUUGUGUUUGACUUUUGUAGUAUUGUCACAUCAGUUUUUGGAAAAAAAACCCAAACAUAUUAGAACAGUCCUAUGUGACAUAUUCCACUCUCAACAGGUUUUGAUGGCAUUAUGUGAACUUUAUAGUCAUCUUAGAUACUGUUUUAAAUUAUCUGCCAAAUUCCCUUUUUAUGCUAAUGUGGAAGUACCAGCAAUUUAGUCUUACAUUUCUUGAAUUUAAGAACUUAAGUCAAAACUCUUUAGUUACCUUCUUAACAGGGAUUGGAGUUCUGAUAGGGCUUUUGGCCCAUUGUCCAUGCAACCUCGAGUAUAAGUUGAUUUGCUUUCCAGAUAGCUCAAAUGGGCUGCUCUUGGAUCACCAUCUCUAGGAGCCUUACCUAGUUCAAAAAGACUUUCCAGGUCAUAUUAAGGGAAUGCUCCUGGGCCUACAGAUUACAUUUAAGUAAACUAUCAUGAAUAAACAUAGUUAUAUUUAGGGAACUAGUUCUAAAACUAUCCUACAUUCUUAUCUGCUGAGAGUUAAGUGUUAAUUGUCAAUUUAUCAUUAGACUGGAGACUACCUAGCACAAUUAACUAUUGUAUGGGCCAAGAACAAUAGAAGGGUGUACUGGAGGUAAAGAGAGAUAUAUUCAGCUAUUAAAAUAGAAAUAGAAUUAACUUUUAACUUAAGUUGGUGAUUCAAUUUGCUUAAAAUAUUAGUCACACCAGGCAAGUGCCGUGUACUUUUGAAUAAAUGUAAAUAUUAGUAAGCACUGAAAUAAAUGUGUGUUAGCCAUUAUGUGUCAAGCACUUAAUCUCACAUAUCUGUUGUAUUUUUAACCCCCACUUUCUGUAGAUGAGGAAACAAACAAAACAGUAAUUUGCCCAAGGGUAUACACUAGUAUGUGGGAGAGCCCAUGUUUUCUUUUCAGAGUUCAUGCUGUCACACUGCCUUUAAAGGAUCUAAGUAGGCCAAGAUUAAUGUUAAUAAAUUAAGGUUUAUAAUCUGUGUUAAGAACCAAGCAUAUCCUAUUAACACCAUUUUAGGCUUGACAUUAAUAUUUUGUAACUUGCCAGUUUUUAGUAAACAAAACUUAUUUUUUGAUGAAUUUUAUGAAGUAUGCAUUAAUAAAGUAUACAAGUAACUGA